AUGGAGGGGGAGCUUUUCUUGGAAGGGCAACCCCCGGACUUUUCCAUCCUGCAGGAACUGCUCUGCCCACCUUGCCUGGAGUCCGAGCCUAGUUGCAAUCCGGUCUCCGCUUCAGGGGACUUCGGGUCAGAAACAGCCGCGGCUAGAGAAUUCGGGUUUGAGCCUUUCAGCAACAUGGCUUGUUGCCUUCAGAUGCCAGAUAGCAAAGCCCUCAGCUUCCUGCAGGAGAGUACCCAGCUGCUGUCCCAAGCAGAGCCAAUCGGCAUGCCUUUUGCUCCCACGGAUGCUCUGAAUCUCAUCAGCCUCCAUUGCUCCAGCCUUGAGUCAGAACCUCUAGAUCAGGUCAAGCCCCCAGAAGCUGGGGAAAUUGCUCAUGAGAGGUCUCCCAUUACCCACUCUAAAGACCAUAGUAGUCACCUGCUGGGGCGAGCUUGUGUGGAAGAGCCCAGACUGACCCAACUCUCUGAGUCACAAAGAGGCAGGAGGAGAGUCUUCCGCAAGCAGCCUAAACCCAGAAGGAGCUAUGAAGCUCUGGACCCAAAUUUCCAAGGGGUGACACUCCACAUGAAAUUGUGUCUGUGUCAAAGCUCUUCAGAGGGCUGUCGCCUUAUCAUUAACCCCCAAUUCAGCAGUGGAAAACUUAGGAAAAGAAGUGGAGUUCCUUUAGCAGAAGAGUGCAAAACUGGCAGUUUGGAAGAGGAAGGAUUCGUCCCUGCACACAGAAAUAAGCGUUGUGCUUCCUGCAAGACUAGAAAAACUCCACUGUGGAGAGAUGCUGAAGAUGGGACCCCUCUGUGUAAUGCUUGCGGCAUUAGGUACAAAAAGUACAGAAUAAGAUGUUUUCACUGCUGGAGUAUUCCAAAGCAUGGUGGGAAACCUUACCCACAUUGUUCCAACUGUGGAGGGAAGUUGGGUGUGGUAGCUGCCCAGCAGAAACCUGGAAGAAGGUACAGCAAACUGGUCAAUUAA